UAACUGAUAUCUAAAUUGGAUUCAAAUAAUGCAUGUGUCGACUGCAGGGAGACCGGGAGCAUUGGAAGAGAAUCUACCAAGAAAAACAUGAGUUUUAUAUAAAAUUGUGUUGUUUAUAUCAGUAAUUCGUGGUUUGAUCGCACGCUUGAGUGAUAAGAGAUGGCGAAAUUAACCAAGAGAUAAAAGAUAGUAUAUCACGACGGUAUUGAUUUUCUGCCAUUACGGUGUAUCUCUUUAUGCAAAUGUCUUUUUAUGAUGAUGAAUUUAUCUUAAAUACAUCGAGAAAAAGUAUGACUAAAAAAAGGAACCAAAUCGAAAGAAAUGCUAACCAAUCAUAUUAUUACACUUUGUCGAGAGGGAAAUGGUAAUAAGGGAAUUGCAAGAUUAAAUCUUGAAAAAAAAAAAGAAAAAAUAUCAAACUCCUGAGAAAUACUUACCAAUCAUAUCUACUUGUCCCAUCAAUUGUAAAAUUUGUGAUUUAGAAAAAUUCACUGAUAAAUAUACCGUGCACUCAUAAGAUGCUUCAUAUUAGCAAAGCAAAUAUUUAAUUAAUUCUCGAUUGUCAGAAUCAUAGUAUCUUCCAUUCACUGUAACUCAUUGCGGGAGGAAUACUUUCGCUGAUGAAGCAUUAGAAUCCUUUGAGAUUGUAAAAAAAAAAAUCACUUACACUCUGUGCAACUAAUUCCAUUAGCGUAGGCUGAAAUACUAACUACAUAGAGUUUUUAAUGGACGGGCGACUCCAGCCAUCAAUUAAAUAUAUAUUUUUCUACCCUCUGCUUCGUUUCCAAUACAAUAUUUCUGGUUGCGUUUAUUUUUGUUCAGCAGGAGCUAAGUACUAUUCAUCUAAAAUACAGUUGUUCAAAAGCUCGUGAAAUAACUCGUGUUUUGUUUGCUUUGAAGUGGGUGUAAGGUCUGCAGAUCUCUUCAAUCAGUCAAUCGACACCUGUCUUCCUACCAGAAACUUAUAAAAUUUGAAUUUCUAAUAACCUUGUCCUUAUUGUCUGCGCUCAGUUGCCUGGCAACGAUGGUUUCAAGAAAAAUGAAGGUCUAUAAGGAAGAGCGACCAUUACUGCGACUGAACUACACUCGAAAAUGGCAAUAUUGAACUGGUAGGCCACGAUCAGUGAAAAUUCACAACAGACACGACAACGGCGGAAUAUUAGUUCUGUGAUUAGUAUUUCAUGAGCAGACUAAAUCUUAUGUCCUGUUAUGGAUGGAGAAGCCGAAUGCCUUGCUGUGACCCUUAUACUAUCUUUAUUAUCAGUAUUGAUCGUUGUUGGUCAUACUUUGAUGCUGAUUGUAUUGUGGAAAGAUCCUUUCAAGCGCUUUCGAACUGCAGCCACACUUUUCGUUUUUGGAAUGGUUUUGGCCAAUUUUCUGAGUGGUUUAUGCGCAGGCCCUCUGCUAAUUCUUCGGAUCAGUCUUAGUUAUACGAUUUUGAACCUCUCAGGCUUCGAAACAUUGUCUAACGCCGCUAGCUUCCUCCUGUAUUGGACCACAAGCGUGUCUUACUUGUCGAUGCUUGGCUUAUCACUGUGUCAGUACGUUGGCGUAAAAAUGCCGCACAAACAGCAAGGGUUGGUCACCAGAAAGACCACAGCAACUUCUCUUGUAAUCAUUGUGUGCAUCUCCUUGUUAGUACCUUCCCUGCUUUUUCUGGGAGUCUCCCCCUCAUUAGUCGAAAAGCUACAGCUGCACUUAGCAUUUCAACUCAGCAACGUUCUUCUCUGUGUAGUAUAUGCGACACUCGGGAAGGAGUAUCUGCGGCAGGUGAAACGCGCUAUGGAUAACAUUAAAUCCACUGCAAGCUGUGUUCGUGUCAGAGACAGACAUUUCACCAGGGCCAACCUGCUGUUGCUAGCGUCAGUUACAGUUCUCAGUGUACCAAUAAUGAUAGCAUGGCAUAUUUCAAUGUACGGACAGAAAAUAUUUUCCUCAGAGGCGGGUUUGCGAAUUUCGCAGUCUAUUACAAUCACCAUAUUUUUCUUGAAGAUCGCCCUUGAUCCCCUAAUCUACAGCCUGCGGCUACCGAUUUAUCGUAGAUCAUUUAAACGCCUCUUCAAGUUUAGACGGCAUCAAGUCGACAACGCGGCAUGAGUCAACACGCAAUGUAUGCACCGCGAGGCCGGUAUUUGUCCAGUUCCGAUAGCUACGGCUGUAAAAUUUACGCCAAUUAUUGCUAUCUCUUUUUGUACAUAAAAUGCUGUUAGUAUCGACCGAAUUUUCCCACUUUUUUUCUUUUAUUUAAGUUUUUCAGUGAAAAUAAAUCAUAUCUGACUGGAACUGAUAAGCGAGGUGAAUCCAGUCUGAGAUACGCUUUCUUGUAAUCUGAGCUCUAGUUUCGUUCUGCGAAAAUCGAAAAAAUUAAAGCUUGGUACAUCAAACGAAGAUUUUGUUUUGGUUUACUUAGAACGUAAAAUAUUUGAACACUAAUAGACACGAUGAUUAAUUGUAGCAUUGGAAAAGGCUAUCCCUGCCAAACUAACGUCUUUUUCGCAAUUAUCUCACUAUGAUGGAUUUAAACUAAUGGAUCGUAUGUCUAAUGGCAAGGACUCGAAUCAAACUCUAAAUGAAUUUUACUAUUUGGACUGCACGUAAAAGACAUUAAAGCGGCGAUGUUUUCAAAAGAAACCACUUCAAUUCAAGAACUGGCUAAGUGAGCUUUCUUCUGUUCUCUUUUUACUUUUUUGGUAUGUCGAGGACCAAUUUUCCCU